AGCCCCAAGAGUUCUUACACCGUCAAAGUUUCAUUUUGAGCUGUUCAAACUUCAAAGACAGGAUGCGUUCAUCUGUUGCUCUCGUUGCGUUCUUUUCAAUUGCCCUGCUUGCAUGCUUCACGGAGGCAAGAAAGGACCCCAGGGGCAUUUUGCGACCUGCUGCCGGUCCUGGUGCUUUUACUGAACAAAAUGAGCACCUUGGGUCUAAUACAUUGAAAGAAUUUGAGUCAAAGCCUGGAUCCAUUCUCCACGCAGAUGAGCCUAGAUCCAUUCUCCCUUACCAUGGUCGUGAUGCUAAUUCAAAGGAGGAGAAACCGCAAAUGAAAGAUUUUGAGUCAAAGCCUGAAUCCUUUUUAAUCCUUUACCGUGGUGACAAAGCUAACUUGCAGGAGGGAAAACCGCAUAUGAAAGAUUUCGAGUCAAAGCCUGAAUCCCUUUUGUUCUUUUACGGUGGUGACAAAGCUAACUUGCAGGAGGGAAAACCGUAUAUGAAAGAUUUCGAGUCAAAGCCUGAAUCCCUUUUGUUCUUUUACGGUGGUGACAAAGCUAACUUGCAGGAGGGAAAACCGUAUAUGAAAGAUUUCGAGUCAAAGCCUGAAUCCUUUUUGAUCCUUUACAAUGGUGACAAAGCUAAUUCGCAGGAGGGAAAGCUACAUAUCUAAGAUUUCGAAUCAAAGCUUGGAUGAAUGCUCCUUUACCAUAAGGGAACCCGCGAUGAUGCUAAGCAAAAUUAGGAUAAAUCAAACAUGAAAGAAUCAAAAGUGAAGUGAAGGUCUGUAUCGCUGCUUUUGUAGCAUAGUCUUGAUGUUGCUUCCAAACAAGAGAAAUUCAAUUCGCUUGAGACUGGAUUUCUGCUCUGUCAAGAAUAAGUGUAGUUGGUCUUAAUUUCUUAGUGUUGGAGUGAAAAUGUCUCGCUUGUAAUGCAAUUCCUCUAUUAAAUAAAUGCUGUGUUGAUUUACUAUGGUGAAA